GGCCGGCCGGCGUUGCUCCGUACGGACCUGUCUCAUGGCGUCAACCAACACGCGCCCGAUUCUCAUGAGUCCGCCGCACUGAAUCGCGAUCCUCCACCCCCCUCCCCCCCUCUUCCUUCCCUCCGCUCCGGACUGGAGUCCGAGCCCGCCCGCGUCUUCUUGCGCCGCCCGCAAAAGCCAUGGCCUCCGGAUCCGCGUCGGCGGGCGCGGCGAAGCCCAAGAAGACGCGCGCAAAGCACGCCUGCCGCGAGUGCAACUCCCGGCGGGUGAAAUGCAACGUCACGGAGAGGCAGCCGUGCGCCAAUUGCGCCGCAUCGGGCGCGACGUGUGAGGUGCUGCCCUCCCGGCGAGGCAGGUGAGUCUCGACCUCUCUCGCUCUCUCGCUUCUCAACUGGGACGCAUGAAUGGAUCUGGCCUCGAGCUGUUCCUUCGUGCCUGCGUGAGUGAGUGAGUGAGUGAGCGAGCGAGCGACUGAAUGAGUGAGUCGAAGAAGAGUCUGACUGAGAGGCGUCGUCGUCGUCGUCACCGCGCACAGGUAUCCUCGCCGCUCACGCCGGCUUCAACCGCUCGCCGCCAGCGAGAUGAGCCCCAGUCACGGGGGAGACUCGACGCAGCCUCCUUCAUCCUCCCACGUCGUCGAACCCACCAUCUCGCUGGGCUCGGAGCACGAUCCCAGCGCAUCGAGUCCCCUCCGCGGCUAUCACGCCUCGCCGCCACAGCCGCACAUCGUCGCCGCCUCGGAGCACGUCGCGCCCCCCACCGAGGCGACCAUCGAGACGCCCUCGUCGACCUCGGCGGCGGGGACGCUCUUCUUCGGCGAGUCCAACUUCCUGACGCUCGUGCCGGGCGAUGAGGCCGCGACCGCGGGCGGCGGCGGCGGCGGCGGCGGCAUCGGGGGCGGCAGCACGGCCGGGGGCCAGAAGCCGCGCCUCACCUUCCCCAUCCCCGGCAGCCCGGGCUCGCAGUCGCAGGCCGAGGGCGCGGGCACCAGCGCGGGCACGAUGCGCUACCUGCGCGACGAGGGCGCGCUGACGCUGCCCGACCUGCAGACGUGCCUCCCCGCGCUGCAGGCUUACUUCACCUGGUUCCACCCGUCCUUCCCGAUCCUCGACCGCGCCGAGAUCACGCGCCGCCUCGCCGCCAUGGACAUCUCGCGCUUCCUGCUGCAGUGCAUGCUCUUCAUCGGCGCCACGUACUGCGACGACGACACUAUCCUGGCCAUGGGCUUCGGCGACCGCAGCGAGGCCAAGCGGCUGCUCUACCAGCGCGCCCGGCUGCUGUUCCACGCCGACUGGGAAAAGGACGAGCUCAUCCUCAUCCAGUCCAUCUUCCUCAUGAGCUUCUGGCGCGGAGGGCCCGCCGACGUGAGGGACGUGCGCUACUGGCUCGGCGUCGUGAUAACGCUGUCCGAGUCCCACGGCCUGCACAGAUCGCCGCGAUCACAAGUCUCCAAGAGCAUACAGGUAGCGCGGAUGCGCAGGAGGAUAUGGUGGUGCAUAUACGUGCGGGAGCGGCAAGUAGCUGUGGCAUUGGGCCUUCCGAGCCGCAUCAGGGACGAAGACUGCGAUGUCGAGCCGCUGACGACCAGCGACCUCGAGUCAGAAAUCUGCUGCUCCAGCAACUCUCUCUUCGGGUCCUGUAAGCCCGAGCACAUUACCUACGCUCUCAAGAUGGUUGAUCUUGCCAAAUUACUGGGCCGAAUCAUCGACCUCCAGUUCUCACCCGGGCAGCCGACGUCGUCGGCGGCGACGGACGUGGAGGGCCUAGACCGGGCGCUCGAGGCGUGGCGCAACAGCCUCCCCGAGAGCAUGAAGUGCGCGACCGACGAGGGCAGCGAGUCGGUGUGGACGUGUCUCUUGCAUCUCGCGUACAACCACCUGCGCAUCCUAAUACACAGAAACAGCUUCCUCAAGUUCGACGAGGGCAACAAGUGGAAUCAGGUCGUGACGAGCGCGGCGUGCCGCAUCAGCCGCAUCGCCGAGGACAUGUCUACGCACGGGACGCUGCGCUACGGACAGAUGCACCUGUGAGUGGUUUUCCUCCGCAUGGAUCCAAAAAAAAAAACAAAAAAAAAAGCUACAGCCGUCGAGGAGGCACAGAGAGAGAGAGUGAGAGAGAGACAAUGGGCUGACGCAGACACACAUACGCAGCAUAACCAGCCUCUUUGCGGCGCUGUGCAUCCACGCCAUCAGCAUCCGGCGCGGCAUGGGCGUCUCGCGGCGCAUCGCCGAGCACCGCGCGCAGAUGUGCCUGCUCUGCCUGAAGGAGAUCCAAAAGUACUGGCGCAUCAACAACAACGUGCUGGACCUGUUCCUGCGGUACCUGGACCGCUCCAUCGCAGACCGGCUCCACGCCGCGCAGACGGACAGCGCGGGCGGCGUGCCCGGCUCGCCCCUCGGCGACGGCGGCGGCGGCGGCAACGGCAGUGGCAUGGUGACGGAGCGGUUCGGGUCGUCGGUUGCGGCGGCAGGCUUGUCGCCGGCGUCGAUGCCGCCGCCGACGGGGGGUCCACGCGGUGACGCCUUUUCACCCGGGACGGCCGAGCAGCAGCACCAGGGACGCGCGCCGCCCGACAAUCUGAUGCUGCUGGAGGACCAAUACUUCAACCUGGUGCACGGGCACUGGGAGGGCGACGACGCGCUGGGCGACCUGGGGCUGUUCCUGCAGGCCGACGACUUUGCGCCGCUCAAGGGGCUCAACGUGCUGGGACGGUCGUUGUAGCUAGCGGGCCGUGGCGCGAACGGGAUGGGAUGUACUGAUGGACUGAGACGUUUGAUACCUGUUAGUUGGUAGAGAAGAAGACGGAGGAAAGGAACGGAACGCAGAGAAGGGAGCGCGAGCUUCAAGUACUGACUUACAUGUAUGUAUGUACAUCGUAUGUACAAUCUACGUAUGCAUAUCUCGGUCUGUAAAGCUUUUCUAAAAACAAGC